AAAAAUGGAACGUGUUGGAUUUGACAGUUUUCUUCGGGCCGAUUGAUUUGUCGAUUCUUGUUUCGAUGUAUUAUUAUAAUAUUUUUUACUCGAUAUUCUAGAAUGAAAAUAUAUUAACGAUCGAUUAAUUUGUAAAGACUUAUUAUUAAAGUUUUUACAAAAACUUAAAAUGGGUGUGUGAAUUUAUCAAAGGCACCGGUUGCGAAAAUGUCUGUCCCUGAAGAUCAGGACGAUUUCAUAUUUCGUCCACAGCAACAUUUAGAUGCAAAAUGGCUAAAUCCUGAUUUACAAGAAGCGCUUCAUGAUCCCGAUGGCUUGUGCACUCUAUUCAAUAGUCUUUUGCAAGACAGAGAAAUAUAUUUCGAGGCCGGAAACGGGCUCGUAAAUAGUGCUGGUGCCACUUCUAAACUUGGUGACAGUGGAAAAUAUUACUGUGGUCUGAGGAUUCUAACUUGCACCUGUUGUGAUGGUCUCUGUGGGCCACACUCUGGGUGUGCCUGCCCACCAUGCAGCACUCUAUCAGCUGAGGAGGAGCUCAGAAUCUCUAUACGGUCCAAGCUAGUGGCACCACCUCCAUCCCACCAGAUAGUUGAUGACCUAAAAUGGAAACAAGACCCUGGUCCAGAAUGCCUGCAAAGUUUAAUGGAGGCUUUGGUCUGGGAACAGCGAGUGAGAGCAAUCAACACGGCUGUUAGUUGUCCAUUCAUAUCUCAGAUCCGUCGACUCAUUGUGUUGUGCAAUAGACAUCUUGUAGCUGUUAUUAGAGAUCAAAGUCAGAACAAAGAGGUAAAAAGAGUGAGGAUAGAAAGAAAGCCACCUCAUACAGUCAGUAACAGGGCACUGAGCAGUGUAGUGGGCACUCUGAACAAACCUGGAGAGGGAACUGACACCCAGGAAGAUACUGAGGAGCAGACUGAUGACUCAGAGAGUGCUAUUGGCCUCGCUCGAGUCGGUGCUCGUGCAGCCCUUCGCUUGGCCCUCUCCCUCGUGCGUCGCGCAUGGCGUUGCGGUGAAGAUGCAGACGUUUGCUCCGCGUUACUCCGAGACGCUCUCGACGCAGUACGAGCGCUGCCCGAUGCGGGACUGUUCGCUGGUACGGGGUCCACAACUGCCCCAAGGUCACAGAAGAUAUGGGCUGAAGUUGUUGAUAGUGCUGCCAAAUUCUUGCAUCAAGUUGUUGUUGGAGAAGUCGGGUGUAAUGUACCACAAGGUGACUGGCGAACCUCCCUAUGUGUGUGGGUGGAGUUAUGUGCGCGGAGAGCUGAACUACCCGCUUUGUUGAAGGCCGCUGAUGUUCUAGUCACAUUACCUCCUAAGCAGAAACGACACCCUGAUAAUAGGAUUGUUUUAGAAGAAUGCACAGCGCCGUUAGGACCGUUUCUAAGACGAAUGGCAAAAGUAACAGCGCCAACUCCCAUUAUCAACAAUGAACCAUCUACUGAACCUAAUAUUACGGAAAUGUACCUCAAGGAACUAAAUAUUCCAAGUGGUGAUGGGUUGAUGGGAGUAAGAAAAGCUGGUAUUGCUUUGUUAUGUCACCUGGACAGACUGGGAGCUCCACUUCUUCCACCAUUAAGAGGAUUUGUUACUUGCAUAGAGUCGGCUCAAGAAGUAGUAUCAGUUGGUUCAGGACCUAUACACCUGGGUCCUCUGAGGAUCCAACAGAUAGCGUGCGCUGAGAAACUAGCCUUGCUGCUCACUCAAGAUGGUGCUGUGUAUACACUGCCUUACGACACUAUGACACCACAAUUAGUGCCAGGACUGGAAAGCAAGACAAUAACGCAAGUCGCUUGUCACCCGACCGGCCGCCAUUACUUGUGUCGUUCGUCGUGCGGCGGCGCGUGGUCGUGGGGGGCGGGGGACGACGGCCGGCUGGGCCACGGGGACACCGCGCCCAGGGACGCGCCCGCGCAUCUACACCAUCUAGCUCAACAUGAGAUCGUUAAGGUCGCUGCUGGGGAUGCUUGCAGUGCUGCACUAACGUCACGAGGCGUGCUAUUCACGUGGGGUCGAGGCGCGCAAGGCCGCCUCGGUCACGCUACCAUCGAGAACUGUCUCACUCCGCAACCUGUCACCUUCAACUUGCAUCUAGGACGGGUUAUUGAUGUCACGUUAGGUUGGGGUGAUGGUCAAGCGGUGUGCAGUACAAUAGAUGGUACGUUGCAAGUGUUCGGUGACGCGGAAGGCGGAGCCCCUCGCCCUCUGAUAUCAAGGUCCGCACAUAUCUACUCGCGCGUCUACGCUGGAGAACAUUGGAAUGCUGUGCUUACUAAUGAAGGUCGAGUAUUCACUUGGGGUAAAGGAGAUGACUUUCGUUUGGGACACGGCAAUCUUGAGAGUCUGAAGAUACCAAGACUAGUGGAUGCGUUAGAAGGUAUAAAAGUGGUAGAUCUAUCCUUGGGAUCGACCCACGGCUUAGCUCUGACAGCAGAGGGCGCGUUGUACGCUUGGGGCACAAACGAACGUGCGCAAAUAACGAGACCUGUACCGCAACUGUUGCACGUACUCAAUCCAUCUCUUAAGGCUAAUGGCGUUUGCAGUGGACUGUCACAGAUAAUAGUUUGGAGCGAAGAAAGUCCAAGAGAUCUACCGUCUUCUUUGCCAUUCGUUAUAGAUUUAUCUGAUAGCACAUUCAAACUUUUAGAAAGACUAUUGAGGAUAGUCGUAGAACAAAGCAACUCAGCAACGAAGGAGGUUGAAUGCAUGGCUAUAUCGUGUCUCAAUCUUUUGCGGUUACAAGUACAAGCAUGGCAAUGUACUCGUGGCUCAGAACCGGAGGACAUAGAGGGCGAAGCUCGUUCGUGGUGCAAUGGCGUACAUACUGCGCUAGUUGCUCUAGUAGAAGGUCGCGCGGGCGCCGGCGCAGCUGCUGCAGCGAGACGAGCGCUGGCGGCCGCCUGGCCACUACUACUGCCUACCCCACAAGUUAGGGCACAUCAUCUUAUCACGCUGUUGCCUCAAGGUUCAGGACCAGCCAGCGCAGGCGCACGUUUCAUGACAGAGCUACUCGUAUGGUCGUUGCUCGGCGGCGGUGGGUUGCGGGACGCGCUACGCAACGCGUUACAGGACCAGUCGCCGGACGCGUACAAUCACUUACAACUUGAUGCGGAUUAUGAUCAAGUUGAUAUAGUGACGGGACAGCGAGGCCCGCCCCCCAAGCCGACUGGAUCCGACAGUGAUACAACAAUAACAGCAGGUUGUGCUGAAGAAUACCAGAUGAAUAAUGCAGCGGCAACUGAUAAAGGAGCAUCUGUGCCUUUGAUGCAUUUGGUGAAGCACUUGAUCCGCAACACAUCCUGUCAGACACAGAUGCAUAUAAACGCAAUAAUGCACGGUGAUACGAGCAAGGCGGACGAUCCUAAAGGACACGACACCGUUAGUCCUAGCUGCGAUCUGCUUAUACGGUUUCAAAGGUUACUAUUCUGCGAAGCCAUGUGGUCGCGUGGAGGGCGUAGCACGCGCGGCAGUGUACGUGCUCUCAUCACUCAGUACAUAGAGCUGUUGGCAGAACAUGUACAGUCCACGCUCCGAUACUUCGUGCGAGCGGUACAUAAGGCAGAUAAUACGCAGCUCGGGUCGCUCUGCGAACUUAUUACUGCUGAUAUUGUUGGUCGCGUGGUCAGUGAGCUGGGAGCGUGGAUAUGCGCAUGUACAGCCCGUGCGCCGUGUGCCCUGGCGGACUCGGCGAGCUCUCUGGUGAAGAUAGCACGCGCUUGCGAUGACGCUGCCAAGGCCCUGCCGUCUGCUGCUAAACUGGAUGCUGACCUUCUUGGUUGGCCAGGCUUGGUGUCUAAGAAACAGCAGAUGAAAAACAAGAUUAUUCGCAAAUGCGACCUCCAGAACCACACUCGAGAAGGAGGCUCAUGGGUGGUGAUAGCAGGUCACGUGUUCGACGUGGAGAACUUCGAGUGUGACAACGCUAGUACAGUGGAGAUGGUCCGCAAGCUGCGCGGGUCGGACGCCACGGCCGCCAUGAGCGUCGACCCGCACGCCGCGUACAUAUCGCGCGUCACGGACAAAUAUGUCGGGAUGUACUCUGAUCAGAUUUACGCGCAUAAGUGUCAGGAAAGUACAGCAAGUCUGAAGUGCCACCACAUUCUGUCGACGUGUGCGUUCAACGUGGCGGUGGGACUGACGCAGUGCGGGUCCCGCCUGGCGCGCUCGCUGCCCGUACAACAAGCCGAGCAAGAUGCAGCACCGUAUGCCGCCGCCGUGUUCCUGAGAGGGGGGCUGCAGGUACCUCAACUAACAAAUCCGUUCGACGAGGAGAAGGCAGAAGCCCGCAGUGGUUCGUCCACGGGCGGUAACAGUCCGGCCGGUGACGCUCCGAUACCGACGCGGACGUCGCGGCCCCCUCGCCCCCCACCACGGGUCAACGUCGCCCAAUCACCUGCUAGAGCGGAAGCAUUAUUGUUCGCGUUAGCUGAACCUAAAUUGCAUGAUCCUCUCGCUCUACACUUAUGGUGGGCAUGUGAGAGACGCGAAGGUUGUGCUCCUCACUUUCCACCUGAACAUCCGUUGGAAGAGCUGCGUCGCGCGCUGCUAGCCGCUUUAUUGUACCAUGCGGGACUGAAGGAACAUGCGUUGGCUACUGCUAUGGCAGAAAUGGAGAAGGGUGAAGUGAAACUAUCGCCUGCUAUGUCUGAAAUAGUUAAAGCUGUACAGCAAAGCAAAUGGACUCUCAUGAGGACCAGGCAACAGCUGUCUAGAGGCUAUAAAGAGGUUUGUGCAGCGCCUCUAGAAAGGGCUCGGUUCCUUCUCCACGAAGUCCGAGCUGCAAUGUCCCCAGCAGUAUCAGCGUUGUAUUCCCGACCGCCAUCACAUAGGCCCCCCACAGCCAAGAAAAUAUUUCAAAAAGUAAUGCGAGCUUCUAAGACACCAGGAUUUAAUAAAUGUUUCGAAACAACAAAAGACCUCAGAAACAGGCAGAACAGUCUCUCUAAGAGCAUGUUCAAGGCCACCAGUAGCCUUCUACAUGGCGAUGCACUCCUCAUAAAGUCAUCUGUCGCUCAAGCUUCGAAAACUCCUGAAGACGCUCCCUGCAUCAUUGUUGAACCCUCUAAAGGACACAACGAACCACCUCCCGCUCCUACAAAAGACACCUUAUUAAGACCUAAAGUGACCUUGAAAGUAAAAGAUAAGCCCUUAGAAAAGGAUUUAAAAAACGCGUCAAACAAUGAUGAUAUGAAGAACGAUGGUCGAGGCGAUCGAGACAAGGACAGAGGCGACAAAGACGACGGUCCCGAUAAAGAACACGACGAUAAAACCCCCACGAACGAAAUAUCGAUUAGCUCGAUAAACGAUAUGACCGAUAACUCGAUUUUUAAAGAAUCGAUGGAAAGCGAGAAGCAAGUUAUGAUACUAGCUGAUGAUCUGAAGACUGAUUUGAUUAUGGCGGACGAAGAAAAAGAUGAUGAUAAUUCUGAAAGGAACAAGUUUGUUAAUGCGUGGGUUUCGAGACUCGCAUGUGAAGAGAAAGAUCUCUAUUGGCUGCUAGAGGAAGUCACUCAAGAGCAGCAAGCUUUGACAGUCGCCAUUAUUGACUUCGUCAUGACUGAAAACCCCUGUGAUAUAGACAUACUUAGGAGAGCUUUGUAUUGUCAGGUACAAAGAGCGGAAAUGAGAAAGAAAGGUUACAGUAUGAUCAAUAGUAUGCUGAACUCAUCACAAACGAUGUCUGACAGUAUUAAGUACGCGGCCCUGGCUGGUAUUUUAGGCGCCAAUAUAGCAGAGUCCGUACCAUUCGUAGCUUUAAAGCCUAGCAUACCAUUGACACACCCUCUAUUAGGAAUCGAAUCUGUGAUACCUUACUCAAAGUACAUGGUGUUGUUAGAACGGUCUAAAUUAAUGGAUUUUAUACUGAUUGAGUUGAAAGCGAGAGUGUUGGAAGGCGAACAGACGCAGGCGCUGCCGUUGAAAAUGAGCGCGAAUUAUGGUGCGCACGCGUUGUUGAAUCGACCGUCUAGAGCUAGGUUCCUAAUAACUCUACUAUCGCUGCUAAUAGAAGGGUGUCAGGGUCCGGAACUAGAACAGUUAAUUAAUGGCGGGGCUCUGAGCUCGUGUCUAACGUUGUUGAAACAAAUCGGAGGGGACACGUCUCAGCUGACCUCUCUCAUUUGUAAUGGACUGAAGGCGAAAUCUGAUUGCCUGGUAAUAUUCGAGGACGAGAGACUCGGCGCCCGCGCACGUGGAGCGUCACUGUCUGGUCCUGAACUAGCUUCUUUGAUGAAGAUUGGCACCCGAGUCGUUCGUGGCAAGGAUUGGAAGUGGGGUGAUCAGGAUGGUGUGCCCGGAGGAGAAGGUAGAGUUAUAGGAGAGUUAGGUGAAGACGGCUGGGUACGAGUGGCAUGGGACGCUGGUGGUACAAACUCCUAUCGAAUGGGCAAAGAGGGGAAAUAUGACCUCAAGCUAGCUCGUUCACCGUCACCCCCUCCGUCAGUAGAUGAAACUGUACAUGGGCAUGCAGUAACAGAUAACAACGUAGAAUGGUGGCCAGUAAGCGAGGUCCGUGCAGCCUGCACUGGAGCUAUCAGAGCUCUGUGCGCCGGUGCGGGCGGCGCUCUCGCCUGUGUUGGUACAGUCGCUAGAAGAAAUGUCGCCGCGUUACAAAGGAGAUUGAUGACAUUGGCUCAUGCACACUCGACGCCUCCUCCGACGGCGUUUACUACGCAUUAUCAUACUGCGUUAGCGUUGUUGCGAGCUAGUGCACAAAGCUUAGAGAUGCGCAUAUCUUUGUGCACCGACUCGUGGUUUGAACUCUGCUACAGUAUUAUUUCGGCUGCAGACAAGCCGAUCACACAGGAUCUCAUUUAUUUACAAAUCCAAUCACUAUGGCUUCUUCGCCGCGUACUAAUAGAACACACGGGUCCGCCGGAGUGGAGGCGCACGGUCGGCGCCCAGUUGUUGGCGCUGAUUGGUCGGCUGUGGCUGGAGACCCACUCGUGGGACCCCGCCUUCAAGCCCAACUACCAAGCUAUCACCAAUAACACUGAUGAAGAGGAAGUCGACAACAGAUGGCGCGCCCCAGCGACUGCGAGUUACACGGGCGCUACGUGCGCAGCGCUCGUACAGUUAGUGCGACAACUACACUCGGCGGCCCAGUGGCACAAUCCUAUAACUAGCUUACUGCUAGAUAAGUUGCAGUUAGCUGCGCAGACGGUUACUUCCGACUGGCAUUGGUGGCCACACACGAGUCAAGAUUUGACGCAAACAAUGAAACCCGCACCUCCUAGUCUAGAGAGUUGUCUCAUCGCUGGUGCACUGGGCGUUGUUGGUGGUGUGGAAUGGCGAAUAAGAUUAGGACAAAGAGUUACUGCGGGGUCGCCGCCUCGAAGUGCCAUUGUGACACAGUUGUCGCCUAGAGCGAAGAUUACUCUAACACAUGAAGACAAUACUGUUACUAAGACUGAACUAAGCGGCAUUCAGAGCGCGGAGGGUGACCGCCUCACCCUACCACUGGGUGGAGGAGAGAGUGCAUUGCGUGUUUGUGCUGCUUUAUUAGGCGCCGGACCUCAAGCGUCGCCUAUGCAUCCACAUCAUUUGCCCGCUGAAAUCGACGUGUACGGUCUAAGGAAGCAACAGAUGGAACUGCUCACACUAUGUGCUGUUCGUGGACUUCUAACCACGAGGACAAGACUACGGAAGGUUCUUAUGCAGCCACCAGACCAUGCGGCGGGUAACAUAGACCGAGGAAUAGUCCUAGGUACAGAAGGUACUCUCUUGCGCCGGCUACUGGCGCUAGCGACUCGGCCGAGUCCACUGGCCGCGUCCCACUCGUCGCGGGAACUUGAAUCCGCCGCACUCACUAUAGUGCAGCAGUUGGCUGCUCAUGUUAAUGGAGAUGACAAGGAUCACGACACGCCGCCUGAAAUGCCGAUCAUAGAUAAAAGUAAUGUAAUGCAAAUAUCAAUGGGACCCUCCACCAGUACAGCCUCAUUGUCUCGGAAAGAUCUCAACACUUGGGCGAACUCGUCACAAGUGCAACAAGUCAUAGAAAUGGGAUUUUCUAGACACGCUGUAUAUGCAGCUAUUCAAGCUUUAGGUGGUACUAGUCUGCCCUCAGUGGAAUCUCUAGUCGUAUAUUUAUUAGAACUACCUCAGCAUGGUAUGGACGAUUCAGUAUUCGAAAUGCGCCCUCUAACUAAACCGGAGAAGAAACAGACGCCGUAUAGAUGGCGCAGUUGUUUUGCUAGUGAAGAAGAGUACGCGCAGUACUUGUCUGAUGUCAUAACUCCUGGGAUGACUGUACGCUGCUGUAAGGCGGUUGAACCGGUUGCUUUAGGAGAUGUCGGACAAGUGCAAAAAGUCGAACGCGAUAUUAAACAAAACGUCUUCUUACACGUGGAAUGGCGUGGUCUAGGACGCGUGUUCGGCGUGCGCGCAUUGCACGCGGAAGUGGUAUCGGGCACGCCCCCCUUCGCGGUGGGGGACAGGGUGCGCGUGCGCGCCGCCGUCACCCAGCCGCGGUACAAGUGGGGGUGUAUUGAUCAUACCAGUGUUGGCACUGUUACUUCAAUCUCAAGCAACGGGCGUGACCUAACCGUAGACUUCCCUCAGCAACCUGGUUGGACAGGACAAGUCAGUGAAAUGGAACUUGUUACUGAUCAGUCGGAGUGGGGAGAGAGUGCGGGUGGCACGGCGGUAGGGUGGCGCGGCGCGGUGCGGGCCGUGCGCGUGUCCUCGUGUCGGCCCGGCGCCGGCGCACGACGGCUGCUUGAUUCACAGCCUCAUACGUAUUGGCAGAGUUCCAGUGGGAAUGGUCAGCACUGGAUCCGCGUAGAGAUGCGCAACGGCGUGCGCGUACGCCGCCUCGGUUUAGGCGUCGGUGGCGGGGCGUACGGUCCGGCCGCGCUAGCAGUGCGCGCGGGCGCUACGUUCGACGACGCUGCGCUCGCGCCGCUGGCCGCAGUGCCUUGUACGCCUUCUGCGCCUACGAGGGACAGGCCUCCUGCGCAUUUAGCACAAAUACAGUUGCUGGCUGAUUGUAAACAGUAUUACGCUUGCAUAGAAAUUGGUAUAAAACAGAAUCGGAACGUGAACGCCGAUUGUCGUGUUCAUGGUUUAUACAUAACGGGCUUCAGACCAAAUCCGCUGUACAACGAAGUGUUACAAAGUAUGAACUUUGUAGCCGAAGAUUGGAUGGAGAAAGACAAUCAGUCGAGUUCUGUGUCAGCUGAUAAUAAUCCACCUGUUUUGCCAAGUGAUUGUCCUAAAGUAUAUGUAUGGGGUCUAAAUGACAAGGACCAACUGGGCGGUGUGAAAGGGUCGAAGGUUAAAAUCCCCGUGUUCUCGCCAAGUCUCAGCGCUUACCGACCUGUCCAUAUUGCCGGUGGAUCGAAGACACUCUUCAUUGUCUCACAUGAUGGAAAGCUGUUCGCCUGUGGUGAAGGCACAAACGGUAGACUGGGCCUAGGCCACAGUAACAACGUGUCGAGUCCGCGCGCCAACCCGUACCUCGCGCACGUACUCGUACGACGCGUCGCCGUACAUUCCGGGGGGAAACAUGCGCUCGCACUCACUGCUGAUGGCAAGGUCUACUCCUGGGGUGAAGGCGAAGACGGCAAGCUAGGUCAUGGUAACCGAAUCACCCUGGAAGUUCCUCGCCUUAUAGAGACGUUGUCUGGUGAGAGGGUCGUGGGCAUUGCGUGUGGGUCGGCGCAUAGUGCGUGUGUGACCGCUAGGGGACACUUGUACACGUGGGGGAUGGGGGAAUACGGCAGGCUUGGACAUGGCGACGAUAUGACGCAACUUUAUCCUAAGAUGGUGGAAGCUUUAGCUAGCUUCAGAGUAGUACAAGUGGCGUGUGGAUCUCGCGAUGCUCAAACAUUGGCUCUUACUGCCUGUGGCAAAGUAUUCUCUUGGGGAGACGGUGACUUCGGCAAAUUAGGUCGAGGCGGCUCUGAUGGUUGCGCAGUGCCAAUGAACAUUGAAAGACUGAAUACUCUAGGAGUUAUUCAAGUGGAGUGUGGUGCACAAUUUAGCUUGGCUCUAACUAGAGAUGGAGAGGUAUGGACAUGGGGUAAAGGUGACUACUUCCGCCUUGGUCAUGGAUGUGAUGCCCAUGUCCGGCGCCCGACUUUGGUAGAAGCGUUGCGCGGGCGCAGAGUUAUACAUGUAGCUGUUGGAGCACUACACUGUCUCGCUGUUACUAGUGAACAUCAGGUAUGGGCAUGGGGUGACAACGACCACGGUCAACAAGGGAAUGGUACAACUUGCGUCAACCGUCGCCCGGCGCUCGUCGCUGGCGUGGAAGGAGUACAGAGGGCCGCCGCUGGUUCCUCUCACUCAGCCGCCUGGUCAUUAAGACCCUCAGCUUUACAGCAUGAUACUCAUACUGCCCAUGUAUCUCCAGUGCCAUUCCCGACGCUGAAGGAUCCUUUGGGAGCACAGAGUUUGGGAUUAUAUUCGGAAGAAGCAGUAGUAGAGGAACCUCAGGGCCCACGAGCGUCUUUAGCUGCUGCAGCGUUGGCAUUAGAACCACCUGUAGCUGUACAGCAUGCACUGUCUUUGAUUCUACUUGCUUUGCAUAUAACACAGGCGCGCAGUUUGCUAGUAGAGGCUCUACGUGCUCACGAGGCGUGUUCCGCGGUGGCCCCCGUAGUGGCCACGAUCGAUACGGAAGACGAAGACGCCGAGGGUGACGCCCGGACUGGAGGGGGCGAGGCACCCGCUGAUAGAGCUACGUUACCUAGCGGAGCGAGCAGCCCUCUGAGUGGUUCGAUAUCGUCCCGUCAUUCGGCCGUGAUGUCGUCCAGCGCGGUGUCGGUAGCGGCCGCCACGAUGACCGUGCAACAAGCUGAGGCUCCUAAGUUGGUGUUGGACGAGUUCACGUCGCAACUCGGAGAAUCCGAUGCAAGGGCUCUGGUUGAUUUACUGAAGUUAGCAGCGGCAGGCAGAAUACCGGACUCAAAUAAUGCUGUGAAGAUCAUUACUGAUGUUCUUAUGGCUCUGUGCGCCAGUAAGCCUGCGGUGGCGGACAUGGUGGUGGAGGUGUGUGUGUGUGAGCUGGAGGAGGCGGCCGCGGGAGGGGGGAGGGCGCCGCCGCAACCCGUCACCGUCGACAGUCCGCACCCCUAUAUUGACGAUACUGAUAUAUCAGGCGUAGUUAAGAUCCCCGGUGCAUCAUCCCUCCGCGUUGUCUUCGAACAAGGAUGUUCUACGGAGCGACGUAAUGAUCCCCUCACAAUUUCGGAUAGUACGGGUCGGGUACUCGCCACUCGAUCGGGACGAGAGCCGACCGAUUGGGCGCAAGAAAUCAUUGUUAAUGGUGAUGAGUUAAGGUGGAGGUUUACAAGCGAUGGUUCGGUCACCGGUUGGGGCUGGAGAUUCACCGCUCAUCCUAUGUUGCCCGCCCAUUCCCUUAGUGAUAGCGGUUCGGAUCGCUACGUGUUGUCAUGUCCGUCAGUGGAUUUGGCGUGGCGGUUGCUUGACGGUCCACUGCUUGCGGCGAUAUCCAAGGACCAUCAGUUGGCGCCAAGGUUGGCUCAAGCGUUGGCCAUUUGUGCGCAGAUGCCUGCUUUGUCAUGGCGAGCUCGUGUAUGGUGCGUCCGUCGUCUCCGCGGCGUAGUAUGCGGCGGCAGUGGGUGCGGCGCGGGCGAGGGCGGGACGGGCGGCGCGCCCGCGCCCCCCGCGCUGCAGCAACUGCCGCAGCUGCUGCACGCGCAGUACGAGCACGAGGAGCCCGCGCUAAGGACCGGCUCGCAUCUAUUCCAUACGCAUUAUCUUAAGGAACUAGCCUGGUUGGCAUGUGGUCUUCGUAUGGACACUCGUGUUUGCGGCGGUCCAGAUUCCAUGCGUUGGGCGUGGUUCAAGCGUUACUGCCUCUGUCUACGUACAGCCGACGCUCUCAUACGACGGACUCCCUUACCCACUCCCUUCCUAGCCGACGUGCGCAAGAGACUGUCAGACCUCUGCGUCUACGAUGAAACUAGCGAACCGAAUUACCAAUGGGAAGAUAACACCAAGUUCACGAAGCAACACGAUGAGCAGCUCCUGCAUUGGGUUAAUAAACGGCCAGAAGACUGGUGCGGUUGGUGGGGCGGAGUGUUCCGAGGGUGCGCGGUGUACGGCUGGGGCCACAACCACCGCGGCCAGCUGGGCGGGGUGGAGGGGGCCAAGGUACGCACCCCCACCGCCUGCCACGCACUCGCCGCGCUCAAUCCCGUGCAGCUGGUGGGAGGGGAGCAGACCUUGUUCGCCGUCACACCCGAUGGAAAAGUUUAUGCUACUGGUUACGGCGCUGGCGGCAGACUAGGUAUUGGAGGCAUCGACUCGGUCUCGCAACCCACACUACUGGCCUCAAUUCAACACGUUUUUAUUGCUAAGGUCGCUUGUAACUCAGGCGGCAAGCAUUGCUUAGCACUGUCCGCUGACGGCGAUGUGUACAGCUGGGGUGAAGGCGAAGACGGCAAGCUGGGGCAUGGGAACAGAGUGAGCUACGACCGUCCCAAGCUAAUCACAGCUCUAUCGGGCCUGGAAGUAGUGGCCAUUGCCUGUGGAGGCGCACAUUCUGCGUGUUUGACCGCCAGAGGGCGCAUCUAUACCUGGGGGAAAGGCAGGUAUGGAAGAUUAGGACAUGGGGACUCUGAAGACCAGCUGGUACCGAAGAUGGUGGAAGCGCUGUCAUCAUACCGCGUGAUUGACGUCGCUUGCGGCUCGGGAGACGCUCAAACUCUUUGUAUCACUGACGACGACAAUGUCUGGUCGUGGGGCGACGGUGACUAUGGGAAACUGGGUCGCGGUGGUUCAGAAGGCUGCAAGCUUCCAAUGAGGAUAGACUGUUUGAAAGGACUCCGAGUAAUCAAAGUUGAAUGCGGAUCUCAAUUCUCUGUGGCGUUAUGUCAAUGUGGAAGUGUUUACACGUGGGGCAAAGGAGAUUACCACCGACUGGGACACGGUAGCUAUGACCACGUAAGGCGUCCCAUGCGUGUCACAGGCAUGCAGGGGAAGACUAUCGUGUCUAUAGCUACAGGGAGUCUCCAUUGUGUGGCGUGUACGGACACUGGUGAGGUGUACACGUGGGGUGACAACGAUGAAGGACAGCUGGGAGACGGAACCACACUCGCUGCUCAAAGGCCCAGGCUUUUGACGGCUUUGCAGGGCAAGCGUGUAACGAAGGUAGCGUGUGGCAGUGCCCACACGGUGGCGGUGUGCGUGGAGGCGCCGCGCGCCCCCCGCGCCCCGCCCGCGCCCCCACUCGAGUGCCAUCUACUCAGGGAUCUAUCGCCGCAACUCACGUGUAAUAGACUGGUACUGCUCCAUCAAUUUUCGGAACUGGUUUGUCCCAACCUUCCGUUGUUGAUCCUCGACGGUCCUCUAGACCAAUUAAGAACUCUCCUAUUCUAUAGUGUCAAAGAAACUGCGUUUAGGAAGACGAUACUGUCAACCAUGACACGGGAGCGGCAACACGGUCCAGUGGUUGAGUUGUCCCGCGUGGCGGCGCGUCGCGCCCGGCGCGGCGGGACGGGGCUGGCGGGGCCCGCCGGCAUGCGCUCCGUCUUCGGACAGAUGGUGGCGCGCCUGCCCGUACUCACGCAGGAGGCACUGGGACUACCGCAGCGGGUGUGGAAGGUUAAGUUUGUCGGUGAGAGUGUGGACGACUGCGGCGGCGGCUACAACGAGAGUAUCGCGGAGAUGUGUGAGGAGUUACAGAACGGGUCGCUGCCACUGCUGAUGGCCACGCCCAACGGACGCGGCGACGCGGGCGCCUCUAGGGACGCGUUCCUAUUGAACCCCACCGCUAAUACCCCGCUACAUCUCAACUGCUUCCGGUUUCUUGGUGUUCUAAUGGGCAUCGCAAUUCGCACGGGCUCCCCGCUGUCGCUGUCUCUGGCGGAGGGAAUAUGGCGGCAACUAGCCGGACAACCGCUGCGGCCGCAAGACCUAGCUGAAGUCGAUAAAGACUUCCUACCUGCUCUACUGUGUAUUAGGGAUAUGACACCUAAUAAUAAGGAACUGCAAAACUUGGAACUUCCAUUCUCGAUUCCAUCGGCGGCGGGCCACGAGGUGCCUCUGUCCACGCGACACAAGCGCGUCACGCCAGACAACAAGGACGAAUACGUACAGCUAGCUCUGCAUUAUAGACUACACGAAUUCGACGAACAAGUCCGCGCGGUCCGCGACGGUAUAUCCCGCGUGAUCCCGGCGCCGCUGCUCGGGCUGUUUACUGCGGCCGAGCUGGAGACACUCAUCUGCGGCUCCCCAGACAUACCCGUGCAGGCGCUGCGAGCCUCCGCCACUUAUAAAGGUAUCGAGCCCAACGCGCCUCUAGUGCAGUGGUUCUGGGAGGUGAUGGAGGAACUGUCGGGCAGCGAACGAGCGCUGUUCCUACGGUUUGUGUGGGGACGGACUCGACUACCCAGAGCACCACAGGACCCUAGGCAACGGGACUUUGUAUUACAGGUGUUAGACAAGUACCAACCGCCAGACCACUUCCUACCCGAGAGCUACACAUGUUUCUUCCUUCUCAAGAUGCCAAGAUAUUCGUGCAAGUCUGUUCUACGGGAGAAAUUACGGUACGCAAUCCACUUCUGCAAGAGCAUAGACACAGACGAGUACGCGCGCGUAGCACUAACUGCAGCUGAACGAGUGUCCUCGGAGGAAUCUGAUUCUGAAGCAGAUCUGCCGACGCCGGUAGUGAACCCCCCACCCCUGUACUCACUGAGUAGAGCGCCCACGUGGCUCUGAGACCGCGCCGAUGGUCCUUGGACCAUACACGCGGACCUCGCGCUACUCGCCGCCCGACAAGCUUAGUCAAACUAAACGUUGAUGUCAUCGGGCUGAUGAGAUACUGGCAUAAAGACAUUUACCUCAUGCCAGGCAGUGAAACUUUGACUAUUUUCGAAACAUAUUGAAAUAAUACGGACAUGUAACCAGUGAAUAUUUAAGGUGUUCUAAACAAGUUAUUUUUAUAUAACUUUACGCUUAGUGACAUUGGAAUAUGUAGCGGUUAUUGACAUAGAAUAGUCAACUUGUUCCGAAAAGAAGAUAUGUGCUUGUAACGGCAUGUGUUUUCCUUUUGAAGCGUCCAGCUUAUUAUGUUGUAUUUAUAUGGGACGAACUUUCAUUAAGAAUCUUCACUUGGCUUGUGCGCAUGAGCAUCCGAGGCUAAUGUCUUCGUAAGUAGUAUUACUAAGGUCACUGACACCAUGCACUUGGAAGCAUCUAUCCUGAUCGUUUAUAUACGUCGAAGGACAAAGCUUUGUUAGCAUUUCACAAAAUGAUGACUGUUGCGUAUGAGCAACGCAUUCGAAUACUCUUAGAAAUUACUCGUUGUGAAUCAUGAUAUUUUAACCAUAGAAUAUUAUAAGGUGCGUUGGGGUAAGAUCGGCGCAGGGGUAAGAACGUACAAAUCAAAUAUCUCACUCCGUGUUGACCGGAGCGAGUGGUGAUCACCGCGGGACAGAGCGGAACUUAAUGACGUGCCACGCAAUGUGAUCAGCAUUAAAAAAUAUAGCCAAAUAAGUGAGAUAUUUGAUUUGUACGUUCUUACCCCUGCGCCGAUCUUACCCCAACGCACCUUACUCGUAAUAAUUCAGUAAUCAGUGAGACUUCCUUAUAUUGUCCAUGCAAUAUAAUUAUAAGUCAACGUUACAAUUACCAAAUCGGAUUUUUCAAUUCCAGCAUUCCAUCCAUAGCUUAGGUACCGAACUCGAGCAAUUUUCGUACUUAUGCGAAUGUGUUUAAGAAUAAUAAUUGUAUACAACGAUCGGCAACACUGCCACAUUCCAUUUUAACGUAUAUUGUAACGCUUCGUAAUCUCUUACUACCAUUUAGUAUUUUGACCGAAAUCAGUCUUUUAUCUACUUUAUUAUCACCAUUUUAUAACGAAUAACGAGUGCAAAAUAGAUAUUUACUUUUGCAAAACAAGCAAUAACACAUUGAGCUAGGUAAAAGGCUGGUUCUGGUAAUUUCAUGAUAUUUUAAGGAAUGAUAAAAGCCCCAAGGAUUGGCGAGAAAGCGACGGAAAGGAAUGCUUUGUAAUGCAUUGAACUAUAACAAAAACGCUUGUACUGAUGGAUAUAAUAACUAGGUUCCUAACUUCCAAAUUCCUUAUGUAUUCAAGUUCACGAUGUUAGAAAAAUAAAUUUUGGGAUCAAUUCAAAAUUCUGGAAAAUCAGUUUCAUGCCAAAAUGGUUCUAAUAUCGAGAUCAAGAGAGAUCGAUAUUCCUUAAACUCGAAUAGUUUCACAUUAGACUUUAAAAUAGAAAGAAUAAUGUUAUACAAUGAAAGAACCAAAUACACAUAACUACUGACUGACUGAAGCAUGGAACUGUGAAUACUGUGAUGUUAAUGGCCGACGAGGGUAAGGGUACGAAUGUCUUAGAUAGGAUUUGUAAGUAAUGCAUUUCGCAGAUCAAACAUUUUAAACUAGUCACUCACUGCAAUUUGUAUGUAGUAUUGCCAGAAUGAUAUUAUAUGCGCAUUGAUGUACGACAACGUAGUCAGAAUGCUGCUUGGUUUUAAUAACAUAGUUUUAAAAAUACAUUUUUAACAUCUAACAUGUUGCCAAUUAUUAUUAUUAAUAAAUAAGUAAUUGGGUUCAUAAUGCAGGGUAAAGAAUGUAAACAACUAACAACACUGCAUUUCAAAUGGCAACCCCUAACCGGUAUUGCUAUACAUAUAAAAUGUAUUUUUGCAUUUUAAAGGAAUAAUAAUAGAAUCAAAAUUGUUGAAAAAAACUAAAGCAAUAUUUUGUAUUGCAUAUACAAUUUAUUUUUGGCAAUAUAAUUGGUCUGUUUGACUGUUCUUACAAAUAGCUAGGAAUCAAUCUACAUAUUCAUUUAUUCAUUAUCAAAUUCGUGAAGAGACGCCCUAGGUCAGAAAUAAACUUCGUGAAUUAUUAAGUUGUAUGUUAUCUUCAUCAUUAAAUAAAUAAUAAUUUCACGAAAUAGUUGCUUCGCUAGUGUUAAUCGGUAGGCUUUUGGUGCUAGAGUUUCACGAUUAGUCAUAAAUUUUUAUACUGAAAUAUAUAAAUGCACAAAUGAUUAUAAAAUUGAAAUUUAAGUAAAGUUCUGCUUUAUUGUCAUAUUAUUUGAACAAAUUAUGUGUUGUAUUUUAAUUAUUUCUCCUAUAUGAAUAUACUUGGUUGAAAAGUAAUUAGUAAAUGUAUGUUGUUAUUGCAUACAUUAUACUUUUUUACAAUAAUAUUACCCCAUUCAUUGAAAUUCCCAUUGCGCCUACAUUUUCCAUUUAUAAUCUGGUUUUAUCAUCCUGUAAAUCAGAUGUAUUGUACCACCAAAGAAUGUUUUUAUUUAAGAAAAACAAGAAUAUUUUACUUUUGAGAUCUGAAACAAGCUUUCUUUAUGAUCUAUCCUAUGCAGCAUUAUUUAUUUUUUAAAUGGCUAUAGAAUUAUAAAUACAGAAUUAAUUUAAA